AUGAAAAUUAAUAAUUUAUUAAUUUUAUUUUUUUUAAUUGCAUCAUCAUUAAUUGCUUUAAUCGAAGGUCAAUUAACAGCUGCUGAAAAAACUACUAUUAUUGCAACACAUAAAAAAUGGAGAACCACUCCAAUUGGUCCAACUCCAGCCACAGCACUCACAACAUUAGUUUACAAUGAAACCAUUGCUUCAAAGCUUCAAACCAGUCUCAAUAAGUGCGAUGGCACAUUCUCAACUAUGAGCAGUUAUGGUCAAAAUAGUGAAUGGCAAUCAUGGUGGACACCAUACACCUAUUUCAAUUUAAAUGCAACUCUUUCAAAUAUCGAAAAUGGUGGUCAUUAUUACGAUUGGACUAAUAAAAAAUGUAACUCAACUUCAACUUUUAACUGUAAUCUUUAUACCUAUGCUAUUUGGUCCAAAACAACCUCAUUUGGUUGUGCUAAAAGUGUUUGUCAAAGUUCAAAUAAACAAAUAAUUAGUUGUUCAUAUUACCCAGCUGGUGGUUUCAGUGGGGUUCUUCCAUACACUCCAAAAACUACUACCCCUGCUCCAACAUCCACACCAAAACCAACAACCCCUGCUCCAACUACUCCUCCUCCAACAUCCACACCAAAACCAACAACCCCUGCUCCAACUACUCCUCCUCCAACAACUACACCAAAACCAACAACCCCUGCUCCAACUACUGCACCUCCAGUAUCAUCAAAAACUGUCGAUUGGAAGAACUAUUUAACCCCAGUUAGAGAUCAAGGUCAAUGUGGUUCAUGUUGGUCAUUUGGCAGUGUUGCUGCUAUGGAGUCUAGAUAUUUAAUUAAAUAUGGUACUGCUUUAAAAGCUACACUUGAUUUAUCCGAACAAAAUGCUGUUUCAUGUAUUUCAAAUGGAUGUAGUGGUGGUUGGUCAUCAAAUGUAUUUUCAUAUUUCCAAACUCCAGGUAUUGCUUAUGAAAAAGAUGAUCCAUACAAAGCCGUUGAUGGAUUGGCCUGUGUUACUUCAAGUUCCGCUUCUAGAUUUAAGUAUGCCAGUUAUUCAUACACUGCUAAUAAUAAGGCCGCUUUAAUUGCUGAGCUUAAAAAUGGUCCAAUUACUGUUGCAUUAUAUGUUGAUAGUGCAUUCCAAAACUAUAAAUCUGGUAUUUAUAAUUCUGCAACUAAAUACACUGGUGUAAACCACAUUGUAUUAUUAGUCGGUUAUAAUGAAGCUGGUGAUUAUUGGACCAUUAAAAACUCAUGGAAUACAUGGUGGGGUGAAUCUGGUUUUAUGAGAUUAACCGCUGCCAAUGAUAAUCUUUAUUUAUUAGGUUACAACUCUUACUAUCCAAAAUUCUAA